AUGGCAGCUACUAAAGUUACUCCAAGAAACCCAGAGGCCUACAAAAUUUAUUUUUAUAUUCCAAAUUUGAUUGGUUAUCUUCGUGUUUUCCUUUCACUUUUAUCUUUCUUUAUUUAUGAAUCAUAUCCAGGAACUGUGAUUGUUAUCUAUACAACAAGUUUUGUUUUGGAUGGUUUGGAUGGUAUUGCUGCUCGUCAUUAUAAUCAAUGUUCUAGAUUCGGAGCUGUUUUAGAUAUGGUCACUGAUCGUUUCAGUACUGCUGCUCUUGUUACCAUUCUUUCUAACUUUUAUCCAAAUUAUACUCCAUAUUUUGUCUUGUUGAAUAUUUUGGACUUUGUUUCACAUUGGUUCCGUAUGUAUGUCAGUUUGGUUAUUGGUACUGCUAGUCACAAGGAUGUUGAUUGGGACAGAAGUUACUUAUUGGCUUUAUAUUAUACUAACAAGACAUUCAUGGCUAUUUUGUGUGUUGGUAAUGAAUUGUUCUAUGUCUUUUUAUAUGCCAUUCAUUUCUAUCAAUUGAGUCAACUCUGGUUGAUUAUUGCUUUGGCUCUUCUUGUUCCAACAUGGGCUGGUAAACAAUUGAUGAACUUUAUUCAAAUGUACUGCAGUGCUAAUGAAUUGGUUGAAUUUGAAUAUGAAAAGGAUUCUCAUCAUAAGAAGAAUUAA